AACCGGAAACAAUAGAUACUUAUGUUUAUUUUUAUAUUUCGUCUGCUGUCAUACUGUAUUAAUUUCUUCCAAUUAAAUACUUUUAUGUCUGUGUAUUUUGUUUAUUUAUGUUGAUGACGCCAUGCGUCGUAAAGUAACUUUUUAUCACCUCUUCGUAUUUAUCUUAACCUUUCUAAGCUAUUCAUUCUUCCAUGCUGCAAGGAAAACUUUUAGCAAUGUCAAGUCCACUAUCUCUGAGGAAUGGACACCAACUUUUAAUAAUGAAACAGUUAAUACAACCAAACCAUAUGCUCUAUGGAAUAAAAGACAUCUGUUUGAAAAUGAUAAAGAUGCCGAAAUAUUUCUGGGUGUUUUAGAUGCUACUUUCCUUAUAUCAUAUGCAGUGGGGUUGUAUAUCAGUGGAAUGGUGGGAGACAGGUUGGACAUGAGGAAAGUUUUAGCAUUUGGAAUGUGCUCAUCUGCUUUAUCGAUAUUUAUAUUUGGUUGCGUUUUAGAAUGGGUUCAUUUUUAUAAUAAAUAUGUCUAUGUUACUGUCUGGGUGUGCAAUGGGUUAUUACAAUCUACUGGCUGGCCAACUGUGGUAGCUGUUAUGGGCAAUUGGUUUGGACAUACAAGCCGAGGUCUUGUACUAGGAUUGUGGAGUGCCUGUGCAUCUGUUGGUAAUAUAAUGGGAGCUUUCAUGGUAUCUUCAGUUUUAGAUUAUGGUUAUGAUUAUGCAUUUCUGUUUACAUCAAGUAUAUUAUUUGGAGGUGGUUUUAUAAUAUUAUUUGGUUUAGUUAGUACACCAACAGAAGUAGGUUUAAAAGAAAACAGUAAUGGGGAAUUUAUAAAAAGCUAUAAUAUUGAUACAAGCAGAACUACUUUUAUACAAGAUGAUGCUGAUGUUGAUUUAACAGAUCAAGCUGAUGCACCAUUAAUAGAAGAUAGUGAUAUAGAUAUUAGCGAAGUAAAAGUAGAAAUUAAAGCCAUUAGUUUUUGUCAAGCUUUGUUAUUACCAGGAGUUAUACUGUACUCACUAUCCUAUGCUUUCCUGAAACUUGUCAAUUACUCAUUUUUCUUCUGGCUACCAUUUUACCUUGUUGCAUCAUUUAAUUGGAAGGCAACCCUAGCGGAUCAGAUAUCAAUAUGGUACGAUGUAGGUGGUAUAAUUGGUGGAACAAUAGCUGGAGUAGUAUCAGAUUUAUGUAAACAUAGGGCUGUAGUUGUAGUACCAAUGUUAAUACUUUCUAUACCAGCUUUAUUUGUUUAUGGCAAUUCGUCAGGUGUUUAUAGUAUGAAUGCAUUUUUAAUGGGUGUAACAGGGUUUUUUAUAGGGGGUGUUGCCAACUUAAUCAGUGCAGCUAUAUCAGCCGAUUUAGGUCAACAAGGUCCUAUAAAAGGUAAUAAUAAAGCUUUAGCUACAGUAACUGGUAUAGUGGAUGGUACAGGUAGUGUUGGUGCUGCUAUAGGACAGAUAUUGGUACCUGUAAUUCAAACUAAACUAGGAUGGAAAUCAGUAUUUAUUUUCUUUAUGAUCACAAUAUUUUUAACUACAGUAUGUGUAUUUCCAAUAUUUAUUCGAGAAAUCCGCACAAUAAAAUCACAAUUUACAUACAGAUGGAAUAUUGGUUUACAGAGAAAAUCUUUAUUGGAGGACAAUAACAUUGAACAAAUUUCUGAUCAAACAGAAUCAGAGGAUAUACAAUGACAUACAACAAACUUUUAAUGUUCUAAUGACUUUAUAAACUUCCAAGGCUAUGCAAUGAUUAUAAAAUGCCAUAUCAAUAGAUCUCAAAAGCUAAAAUGCUCAUACAUUAUUUUCCUUGAUAAAUAUUUCCUUAAACUAUAUUUUAAGCUUACCUUAUACUGAGGGAGACAUUUAAUGUGUUUCUAGAAAGGAAAGAAAACACAGAUUGAAGGUCAAUGAUGAAAUAUAUAUUUAUGAAAUAUCUAUCCUAUGCUAAUGUCCAAAAGAAAGUAUACACUGUGCAUUUUGUCCUGCUUCAAACAAAGUCAUUUUUCCAUUGUAUGCGGUAUUUGGGUACAAUGUCCAUUUGUUUUGCCAUUUAUUUGCUUAGAAAUAUUGAGUUUAGAUGCACGAGUUGUUCAGUGUAGUUUUAUCACAUUUUGUUGAUUUAAACAAAACUUAGUCAUAUUUUUAGUGUGUAUACUUUCUUUUGGACAUUAGUAUAUUUCAAUUUUAUUAGAACUAUAAAAGUUAAUAAGUCAUAUCUAUAGAUUACGUUAGAUUACUUUCCUUGAAAUACCAAACAUCAUUAUGUGAUGUGAGUGUAUCCUUAAUUAUUCCUAUUUAGAGUUUAUGUCAUGGUCUUCAGAAACAUAUCAUUAUUUAGCGAUAAACAUUUUCUUGAAGUAUUUAAAGGUUAACAAAAUCACUUAAAAAGUACUGGUGUCCACUCUCAUCUUCUAUACUUCCAUAGAGUCUUUUAUAUAUUUUUUUUUGUUUUUUUUGUUAUCUCAAAUCUAUUUGACUACAAAAGUUGGAAUACAAUAGUGUCAUUUUGAAUUUCGGUAGAUUAUGCUAUAUUAUUAGUUUAUUAAUCAUAAAUACAUGCUAAAAGCAUGAUAAUCACUGCCUUUCAAUACAUUCCAUAUAUAUAUAUAUAUAUAUAUAUAUAUACAGUGGUACCAUUUCUAGACCCCAUGUUCGGUACAUGGCAUGGCUGAUCCUCUGUCAAACAUUUCCAUAGGAUCUCCCUUUCUUCUGUAAUAUAUGUAAGGGCUGGCCAAGAGAAAAAAAUGUGUAUUCCUCCACCAAUGACACCUAAUUUUUUAAUUGAAACUGCCUUAGGCAUACUAGGCAUAAAUUAAAUUGAAAAACAUGUCUCCAUGUUUUAUUUUUAUCGCCCUAGAAACGUUUCUUUGGAUUCAAUCCUCUGUCAUUGUUCGACGAAUGAUCAUCUGAGCAUACUCAAAGCAAGAGGCAUAUAUAUAGUAGUAGUGGUAUUACUGUAAAGCUUAGAUCUUGGAUAUUUUUAAUGCUCAUGAAUGACAUUAUUUUAUAAUGCGAUUAUUAUUUUAGUAUAUAUAUUUUGAUACAUAUUUUAUAAGCUUGUUUUCUUCUUAUAUAUUGUGUAUAUUUUUCAAUGUAGGCCUACAUGUAAAUAAUUAUUUUUAAAUAACUUUCAUUAUUAUUUUAAACAUUUAAUUUAACACAUGCCAAUAUUCAUGUAUCUUAAUAAAUCUGGUUCUUUCGAUAAUAUUUGAUGCUUAAAAAUAUAGAGGAAAGAAAUGGAGUUCAACUUCUGAUGACAAUAAUAUUUCUAGCAUUUGGAGACUGGCCCCACACAUCACUAGAUGUUUUCAUAAAAAAAAUGGGUUUUCUGUUUAAAAUGGGAAUAUAUAUCUAAAACUGGAGUUUGGCUUAUGUACUGUUGCGCAAUUCCUCUGAAUUUUUUUGGUCAUCGUGUGUUUUUUUGUUUUUUAGACCUACUCAGAUCUUGGACAAAGGAGAUUGAUCUAUUAACUGCCCAACUAUGAUACUACAAUAUUGUUUCUUAAAGUAAUAUGUUCAAGCAUCUCAUUUUAUUGACUGAAUAUUACUGUGAUAUUAUUCUGAUAUUACUUAUAUAAAUGCUACUACAAGAAACCAUGGAAACGGAAUAAAAAUAAGUCAAAUGUU